AUGUCGAAACGGAAAGUGUUAUUGAUGGGGAAAAGUGGGUCUGGAAAGACUUCCAUGCGAUCUAUUAUAUUUGCUAAUUAUAUUGCUCGUGAUACUAAUCGUCUCGGUCCAACUAUGGAAGUAGAACAUGCUCAUGUGCGGUUAAUUGGACAUCAUGUUCAUUAUCUAGGAUCAUGUGAAUCUCAGGUCGAUCGCGUGGCAUUUGUCAGGUUUUUGGGUAAUCUAGUGCUUCAUCUUUGGGAUUGUGGUGGCCAAGAAGCCUUCAUGGAAAACUACUUGGCUUCUCAAAAAGACCAAAUUUUCAAAAAUGUCCAGGUAUUAAUAUAUGUAUUUGAUGUUGAAAGUCGGGAAUUAGAAAAAGAUUACCGAUAUUACCAAUCGUGUUUGGAAUCAUUAAUGUUGAACUCGUCAAAUGCCAAAGUAUUUUGUCUGGUACAUAAGAUGGAUUUAGUUUCUGAAGAGCACAGAGAUCAGGUAUUUGCUGAGAAAGAACGGGAUAUAUUGUGCAGAUCGAAGCUUGUCGCUGGUAAAUUUGGCUGUGAUAAUAUUGUCAGACAGUGUUAUAGAUCAUCAAUAUGGGACGAAACGCUUUAUAAGGCUUGGUCGGCAAUCGUUUGUCAUUUAGUGCCAAAUGUUUCAUCCAUGGAAGCUAGACUGAAACAGUUUGCUCUUGUUUUAGACGCGGACGAAGUUUUAUUAUUCGAGAAGGCGACUUUUCUCGUAAUAGCGCAUGCCCAAAUCGUUGAACAUGAUGAUGUACAUCGGUUUGAAAAAGUUUCAAAUAUUAUCAAGCAGUUUAAACUUUCAUGCAGUAAAUUGGGUUCUCAGUUCGAAUGCAUGUGUGUACGGAAUAGUAAAUUUGCAGCCUUUAUUGAUGGCUUUACUUGCAAUACGUUUAUCAUGGUAGUCCUGCCCGACUCAACUGUCUGUGAGUCAUCUGCUGCUACUCUGAUGAACAUAAGAAAUGCUCGAAAGCAUUUCGAGCAACUGGAAGCACGAUAA